AUGGCUAGCAUCACUGCGUGUGUGGGUAACAGCAGGCAGCAGAAUGCACCUUUGCCGCCUUGGGCCCAUUCCAUGUUGAGGUCUCUGGGGAGGAGUCUCUGUCCUUUAGUGGUCAAAAUGGCAGAGAGAAACAUGAAGUUGUUCUCAGGAAGAGUGGUGCCAGCCCAGGGGAAAGAAACCUUUGAAAACUGGCUGAUCCAAGUCAAUGGGGUCCUGCCAGAUUGGAGUAUGUCUGAGGAGGAAAAACUCAAGCGCUUGAUGAAAACACUUAGGGGCCCUGCCCGGGAGGUCAUGCGUUUGCUUCAGGCGGCCAACCCCAACCUAAGUGUAGCAGAUUUCUUGCGGGCAAUGAAAUUGGUGUUUGGGGAGUCUGAAAGCAGUGUGACUGCCCAUGGUAAAUUUUUUAACACCCUGCAGGCACAAGGGGAGAAAGCCUCCCUUUAUGUGAUCCGUUUAGAGGUGCAGCUCCAGAAUGCUAUUCAGGCAGGCAUCCUAGCUGAGAAAGAUGCAAACCAGACUCGCUUGCAACAGCUUCUUUUAGGCGCUGAGCUGAAUAGGGACCUGCGCUUCAGGCUUAAGCAUCUUCUCAGGAUGUAUGCAAAUAAGCAGGAGCGGCUUCCCAAUUUCCUGGAGUUAAUCAAGAUGAUAAGGGAGGAAGAGGAUUGGGAUGAUGCUUUUAUUAAACGGAAGCUGCCGAAAAGGUCUGAGCCAAUAAUGGAGAGGGCAGCCAGCCCUGUGGCAUUUCAGGGCGCCCAGCCAAUAGCAAUCAGCAGUGCUGACGUUAACUGCAACGUGAUAGAAAUAGAUGAUACCCUUGAUGACUCUGAUGAGGAUGUGAUCCUGGUGGUGUCUCUGUACCCUUCACUGACACCUACAGGUGCCCCUCCCUUCAGAGGAAGAGCCAGACCUCUGGAUCAAGUGCUGUUUAUUGAUUCCCCCAACAAUUCUGGGGCUCAGUCUCUUUCUACCAGUGGUGGUUCUGGGUAUAAGAAUGAUGGUCCUGGGAAUAUUCGUAGAGCCAGGAAGCGAAAAUACACAACCCGCUAUUCAUAUUGUGGGGAGGAGGGCCACUCAAAAGAAACCUGUGACAAUGAGAGCAACAAGGCCCAGCUUUUUGAGAAUCUGAUCAUCACCCUGCAGGAGCUGACACAUACAGAGGAGAGGUCAAAAGAGGUCCCUGGAGAACACAGUGAUGCUUCUGAGCCACAGUAA